UGAGCAAAUAAGAAACAACUGCUAACAUGAACUUACUGUCAGUUUUGAACACUGAAGGAGAAAGCUGCAGUUGCUCUGGCAAACAUGAAGUCAGGUCUCUGGUACCUCUUUGUCUUCUGCUUCCAAGCUAAAGUUCUAGCAGGAGAAAUCAAUGAUACUACCAAGUAUGAGAUGUUUACGUUUCAUCGUGGAGGUGUACAGGUUUUAUGCAAAUACCCAGAGACUGUCCAGCAGUUUAAAAUGCAGUUACUCAAGGGAAGACAUAUACUCUGUGACCUCAGUAAGACAAAGGACAGUGGAAACAAGGUGUUCAUCAAGAAUCAGAUAUUCUGUCAACUUCAGUUAUCCAACAACAGUGUUUCCUUUUUCCUGAAUAACUUGGACAGUUCUCAUGGCAGCUAUUACUCCUGCAACAUUUCAAUCUUUGAUCCCCCUCCUUUUCGACAGAUUCUUACAGGAGAAUAUUUGCAUAUUUAUGAAUCACAGCUUUGCUGCCAACUGAAAUUCUGGUUACCCAUAGGGUGUGCAGUUUUUGUUACAGUGUACAGUUGUGGAUGCAUAUUAAUUUAUUGGCUUAAAAAAAAGAAGCAUGGAUCCAGCGUGCACGACCCGAAUAGUGAAUACAUGUUCAUGGCUGCAGUGAACACGGCUAAAAAACCUAGACUUGCAGAUGUGACCUCAUAAUCCGGACCUCUAGCACCCAGGUGUGUAUCACUCUGGCCAGUUUCCCAACAUGUGAAAUACAAAAUUUCCUUACUUCCUGGACCACAAACAACCUGACUUGAUUUGACUAUGUAUAUCUCCUGCCUGUGUUUUGUUCAAUCUGGAUCAAUAACUGUAUCAGACAAUAAGGAUUUUAACAGACUGUUUCUGUACUGUCAAGUUCUCCUAAAAUGGACAUCCUCUUGCAACUAACCUUAUAGAAAAAAGGUUUUGCUCACGUGUGCUCAACAAACUGACCUCGUUGGGAUGGAAGUCCUGCUACUCUGCACCUGCUCCUUGCAAUGCAUCAGCUAGUAAAACAAACACAUCUAUAAAAAAAUUUAAAAAUGAGAAGGGCAUUUAUCUGUAAAGCAAACAGGUAGCCAAAGGCCAGCAUUUGUGCUCAUUUUAUGAACAGACUACCUCUUCUUUCUGUAGGAAUGGGAUUUCUUUGUAAUUCAGACAGUAGAGGGAGAUGCUUCACAACUAUAGCUAUUUUACUUUGGAGAUGUUGGUGCAUGCUAUGAUAUACUAGUACAGUAAUAGCUACCCGAUAUUCUCCUCUGGUUUCUGAACCUCAGUUGACCGCUCCACCAAAAAUUUAACCACCUUCUCUUGCCUUUAAAUUUUUUUAAACACUGCUAUCUGCCCACUUGACAGCCUGUAACCACUCUGAAUAAGGAGCUACAUCUACAUUUUCCUCCUUUGCUGCUCAUUUCAGUUGUGUUAUAUAUA